AUGGCUCCUAACUUUUACAGACCGGUAGAUUUUGUUGGUGAGACGGUUAUCCCACCCGAAACCGGCUCGGUUCUCUCCUCCAGUGCCAAAGAAGCCGCGCCAUCUCACGACGGAAAGAACUCACUUAGUCAUCGUGCUGCCGAAGUAAUUGGCGACAAUCAGCUUCUAGACGGCAUUUCGCUAAGAUCCCCCACAUAUCUCACGACUUUCUUCAACUCGUGGCGCACAAGGCUUUCCAGCACCGUAAAUGCGGUGAACACCACGAUAGACGAGAAAUCUCGCAAGUACUACAAUCACGAAAAAAGACUUACGAGUACGAUUGCGAACCUACAUUCGGAUCCUAGAGAGGAGCUGGUGCCAGGAUUCACGUACACCCUGGUGGCAGCAAUGUCGGGAUCUGUGCUUACCAGAAACAAGAACAUAUUGGCCAGAAUCACGGCGCCUCUAGUGCUGGGUACUCUGUGCUACUCCUAUGUUCUCCCCAAAACUGCGUCAAAUACUUUCGAUUUGCUUUUCGAUCUCGAGAAGCAGGCUUUCCCCGCCGCCGCUCAGGGUCAGCUAGCCUUGUAUACUAAUUGCAAAAACGGUUUGCAAAAAACCGUUACUUUCACGGAAAACGCCUCGAAGUUCGUGUCAGGAACUGUUUCUAAGACCACGCACCUCAUUAAAGAAUGGACGGGUCUGAAUGUAUAA